UGCAUUUUUUCCUUUUCUUCAUAAGAAUAGGCAUUACAUUACAUUACGGUAGUGUUCGCUGGUAAUGAGGUUCAAAUGAUGUAUUGGUAACUGGUAGUUUUGUGUAUACUUGAAAAGAAAGAAUACAGUUCCUUCUCAAAUCAACGAAAAUAACAAUGGCGGAUUCAUCGGGGACAACGUUAAUGGAUCUAAUUACGGCUGAUCCUGGAACGACGUCAUCUGCCACUACAUCAGGAUCCACGACGGCUCCUCCUCCUCCUCCUCCUGCAGCGGCAUCGCAGCAGCCGAUUGGAUCAAGUAAUACGACGUCGUCGUCGUCAUCGUCUUCUUUAGGGAAAACGAUAUUAGGAGAAAAGAAGUCGAAAAGAGCAACUCUUAUGCAGAUCCAAAACGACACUAUUUCUGCUGCUAAAGCUGCUUUAAAUCCUAUGAAUAUGAAAACUAACAUCAUCCCUCAGAAACAAAAGAAGAAGCCAGUUUCUUACUCACAACUCGCUAGGAGUAUCCAUGAAUUAGCUGCUACUUCUGAUCAGAAAAGCUCUCAAAAGCAAUUAGUGCAUCAUGUGUUUCCAAAACUUGCUGUUUACAACUCCGUCGAUCCAUCCUUGGCUCCAUCUCUUCUCAUGCUGAAUCAACAGUGUGAAGACAGGACUGUCCUACGCUAUGUCUAUUAUUACUUGGCCAGGAUAUUGUCGGAUAAUGGUCCUCACGGUCUAAGUUCUGGUGGUGGAAUCCCUACUCCUAAUUGGGAUGCCUUGGCUGAUAUUGAUGCUGUUGGAGGGGUGACCCGAGCUGAUGUUGUACCGAGAAUUGUAGAACAGCUUUCAGUUGAAGCUUCAAAUGCUGAAAUUGAAUUUCAUGCUCGAAGAUUGCAAGCUUUAAAGGCCCUCACUUAUGCUUCUGCAAGCAAUACAGAUAUUAUAUCCAGAUUGUACGAGAUUGUAUUUGGCAUUCUUGAUAAGGUUGCUGAUGCUCCUCAAAAACGAAAGAAAGGCGUUUUUGGGACUAAAGGUGGUGAUAAGGAGUUUAUCAUCCGGAGUAAUUUACAGUAUGCUGCUCUAAGCGCACUAAGGAGACUUCCUCUGGAUCCUGGAAACCCUGCAUUUUUGCAUCGUGCUGUACAGGGUGUUUCCUUCUCGGAUCCUGUAGCUGUGAGGCAUGCUCUAGAAAUCAUCUCUGAAUUAGCAACCAAAGAUCCUUAUGCAGUUGCAAUGUCACUAGGAAAACUUGUACUUCCAGGAGGGGCUUUGCAGGAUGUUCUUCAUUUGCAUGAUGUGCUUGCUAGAGUCUCACUGGCCAGGCUAUGCCAUACAAUAUCUAGAGCUCGUGCACUAGAUGAGAGGCCUGAUAUUAAAUCUCAGUUCAACUCAGUUCUCUAUCAACUCCUGUUAGAUCCCAGUGAACGGGUCUGUUUUGAGGCGAUCUUAUGUGUAUUGGGGAAAUAUGACAACAAUGAGAGGACUGAAGAGCGAGCUGCUGGAUGGUAUCGGUUAACCAGGGAGAUUUUGAAGUUACCAGAAGCACCAUCAGUAUCAUCAAAGGGUGGUGGUGAUGAAUCAAAGGCAUCCAAAGAUAAAUCUCAAAAGACCAGGCGUCCACAACUUCUUAUUAAGCUUGUAAUGAGGAGGUUGGAGAGUGCUUUCCGUAGUUUUUCUAGGCCAGUACUUCAUGCAGCAGCAAGAGUUGUGCAGGAGAUGGGAAAAAGUCGGGCUGCAGCCUUUGCUGUAGGCUUGCAAGAUAUUGAUGAGGGAGUUAAUGUGAGUGCAUAUACUGAGGCUGCAGAUUCAACUGAGGCAGAUUUUAAUGAAAACCCAUAUGCAAAUGGUGCCCGAAAGGCCUCUGCUCUAUCUAGUGCAACAAGUGGAAAGGACACAAUUGCAAGUUUAUUGGCUUCAUUAAUGGAGGUAGUGCGAACAACUGUAGCCUGUGAAUGUGUCUAUGUUCGAGCAAUGGUAAUCAAGGCGUUGAUAUGGAUGCAAGUUCCACAUGAAUCAUUUCAUGAACUAGAAUCUAUUAUUGCAUCAGAGCUUUCUGAUCCAGCUUGGCCGGCCACGUUGUUGAAUGAUAUUUUGCUCACCCUGCAUGCUCGUUUUAAGGCAACUCCAGAUAUGGCUGUCACUUUGCUCGAAAUUGCGAGGAUAUUUGCUACCAAGGUUCCAGGGAAGAUUGACGCUGAUGUGUUACAAUUGCUUUGGAAAACUUGUCUUGUCGGUGCUGGUCCUGAUGGGAAGCACACAGCCUUGGAAGCUGUCACUAUAGUUCUUGACCUACCGCCACCACAACAUGGGUCUAUGUCAGGGCUUACAUCAGUAGAUAGGGUUUCUGCAUCUGAUCCAAAGUCGGCUCUAGCAUUACAGAGAUUAGUCCAAGCAGCAGUAUGGUUCCUUGGGGAAAAUGCCAAUUAUGCUGCCUCUGAAUAUGCUUGGGAAUCUGCAACACCUCCUGGUACUGCAUUGAUGAUGCUAGAUGCAGAUAAAAUGGUUGCUGCUGCCAGUUCCCGUAAUCCUACUCUAGCUGGUGCAUUAACUCGACUACAGAGGUGUGCUUUUAGUGGCAGUUGGGAGGUUCGAAUUAUUGCUGCUCAAGCCCUCACAACAAUGGCAAUCAGGUCUGGCGAGCCUUUUAGGCUACAGAUUUAUGAAUUCUUAAAUGCAUUAGCACAUGGCGGUGUGCAGUCUCAAUUAUCAGAAAUGCAUCUCAGCAAUGGGGAAGAUCAAGGAGCUAGCGGUACAGGCCUUGGAGUCUUAAUAAGUCCCAUGAUAAAGGUUCUCGAUGAAAUGUACAGAGCACAAGAUGAACUAAUCAAGGAUAUACGCAACCAUGAUAAUACAAAUAAAGAAUGGACAGAUGAAGAGCUGAAGAUACUUUAUGAAACCCAUGAGAGGUUGCUAGAUCUUGUUUCACUAUUUUGUUAUGUUCCCAGAGCAAAGUAUCUACCUUUGGGGCCAAUAAGUGCAAAACUCAUUGACGUCUAUCGCACGAAGCACAACAUAAGUGCAUCAACUGGUUUAAGUGAUCCAGCUGUUGCCACUGGAAUUUCUGACUUAAUUUAUGAAUCUAAGCCGCAACCUGUCGAGUCUGAUGCACUUGAUGAUGACUUGGUGAAUGCUUGGGCAGCAAACCUUGGUGAUGAUGGCUUGUUGGGAAAUAGUGCACCUGCAAUGAAUAGGGUCAAUGAAUUUCUUGCUGGUAUUGGAACCGAUGCUCCAGAUGUUGAAGAUGAGAAUAUAAUCUCUAGACCUUCAGUUAGUUAUGAUGAUAUGUGGGCGAAGACGCUUUUAGAGUCUUCAGAGUUAGAGGAAGAGGAUGCGAGGUCAUCUGGGACAUCUUCACCAGACUCAACAGGAUCUGUUGAAACUUCAAUAUCAUCCCACUUUGGUGGAAUGAGCUACCCAUCAUUGUUCAGUUCCCGGCCUACCAACUAUAAAACUUCACAAACCUCGGAGAGAUCAGUGGGAAGAAGGUAUAGUAGUUCCUCAUCUAUGUAUGAGGGUGUAGGUUCUCCGAUUAGAGAAGAGCCUCCAUCAUAUACGUCAUCAGACAUGCAAAGGUAUGGGUCAUUUGAGAACUCUUUAGCCGGUCGUGGAUCCCAGGGUUUUGAACCUCAGGAUGAGGAACGAAUUUCUUCUGGAAAUCCACAAACAGGAACAGCACUCUAUGACUUCACUGCAGGUGGAGAUGAUGAGUUAAAUUUAACAGCUGGAGAAGAGGUGGAAAUCGAGUACGAAGUUGAUGGAUGGUUCCAUGUGAAGAAGAAGCGGCCCGGGAGGGAUGGCAAAAUGGCCGGGCUAGUUCCCGUUCUCUACGUUAGUCAGACUUGAGAUCUCCGAAAGAAAUCCAGUUUCUUUUCUGUACCAUCCGUGUGCCAUGUAUCUCACGGAUAUUGCCCGAGCCUCCAGUCAAUGUAGAUCGUUGAUGCAUUAUCAUAAUCCAAGACUGCACUUGCAGGAACAGUCUUCAAGGUAGAAGUUUGUACAACUUGAAGACUCGUGUGUUCUGCGGUAGUUAUAUCGUUCCCAGUAUGGUAGUUGUGGUAUGAGACUGCGAGCUGUUCUUUUGUUGCCCCUUUUCUUUUUUAACUGUAUCAUUUACAACAUUUCUAUAUCUUUUAAAUAGAAAUGAGGCCUGUAACACUAUUUCAUGUGAUCCAUUUUCUCAAGUGAGGGUAGUUAUAGAAUUGGUUUGUUCUCUUUUAAUACUGUCUGAGGUUGAAAUCUGUUAAGGAAUUUCAUUUGUAAAUGAUCUUAAUUGAAAUUUUUACUUAUAAAUGAAUUUGAUAUUUAAUGUAUUAAA